AUGCUGCGUUUUGCGGUGACUCAGCUCUCCAAGUAUCUUUUGGCCUCUUGCCAGUGUCAGCCGGUUCGCUCGGUCGGUAAAUCUUCCAAGGUUAUUUAUCCCUGGAUGGACAGAAGGAAGCCUUACUGGAUAUCUGAGACACCGGAUCCACGUUCAGAUGAAGACCUAACACCUGAAAACAAGUCAUUUUUAGAGACUGAGCGCCUUCUCCAGAUGGAGAACAAACGUACUCCCUUAAUCACCGAGCAAUGGGAACAAAGGGAAUGGAUACCUAAUGUUACACAGCGCUGUGGAUUGAUCGCAAUCAAAUUAGGGAUGUAUCCACUCUGGACAAAGACGGGUAGGAGGUUGGACUGCACUAUUUUCCAGGUUCCUGACAACCAUGCCUUACGCUACGUUCCGCCUUCGGACAUCGAUCAGUAUAUCAGCCUCAGGGAUCCUAGAGGUUAUUGGUUGAACAGCAAGCGAAUCCCGUCGUGGAUCGCCCAACGUCGCUGGGGUCUUCAGCUAGUUGGAGCUGUAAGUGCCGAUCCUCUUGAGUUUAGCGCUGCAUGGUGCGGGCUUUUCAAAGAGGCUGGUGUACCACCAAAACGCAAAGUAUCCCGCUUUCUUGUCACUCCAGACGCCGCGCUGAAACCAGGCGUCAUCGAGCGUUGGGAAAUGCGUGGUGGUCCAGCGGCACACGGAUCAACUAAAUUCCACCGUAGAAUGGGCAGUGCGGCUGGAACUGGUGGUCGAGUUAUUCGAGGCAAACGAAUGGCUGGAGUAAUGGGCAAUCGAUUUCGUCACGCGCGUGGUCUUAUGGUAGUACGCAUCAACCCGAAAUUAGGCCUUAUCUAUGUGGCUGGUGCAACUCCAGGGCCGGUUCAUUGUUACUCUUUAAUGCACGAUUGUUGGUUAGUCAAUCGACGACGUGAACUGGAUGCCAAUCCACCACCAGUUCCCACGUGGUUCGGGACAGAUGAUGCGCUAACUAUCGAUUUUGAAAGUACUGACGAUUUCGAAGCUGAUUUGUAUCACGAUAUAAUCCACCGAAGUGAUGAUGUAUCUAUUGCUUACUCAAGAGACGACUCCUAAUGCUCAUUGUUCGCU